CGUUUCUGCCUCUUCCUGUUCCAAACCACGUGGACGCGCGGGGGGCUGCGGGGCUGCAGGGCUGCGGGAGGGAACCCCGGUCGCCACAGCUGCUGUCGCCGCCGCUACCGAGGUUGCUAUCCGGCGCGUGUCUGAAGUAGCCGCCCCCCGGGUGCCCACGCCUUGCGCAGAGCGCGCACAUGGCGACUCAGACGCACUCUCUCAGCUACGCGGGCUGCAACUUCUUACGCCAGCGUCUGGUACUGUCUACUCUGAGCGGGCGCCCAGUCAAAAUCCGAAAGAUUCGGGCCAGAGACGACAACCCGGGCCUCCGAGAUUUUGAAGCCAGCUUCAUUAGGCUGUUGGACAAAAUAACAAAUGGUUCUCGAAUUGAAAUAAACCAAACAGGAACAACCUUGUAUUACCAGCCUGGCCUCCUGUAUGGUGGAUCCGUGGAACAUGACUGUAGCGUCCUUCGCAGCAUUGGCUAUUACCUGGAGAGUCUUCUUUGCCUGGCUCCAUUUAUGAAGAACCCGUUAAGAAUAGUUCUGCGAGGAGUGACCAAUGACCAGGUUGACCCUUCGGUUGAUGUUCUUAGGGCAACGGCCCUCCCUCUUCUGAAACAGUUUGGAAUUGAUGGUGAAUCACUUGAGCUAAAGAUUGUGCGACGGGGAAUGCCUCCUGGAGGAGGAGGUGAAGUGUUUUUCUCAUGUCCUGUAAGGAAGUUCCUGAGGCCCAUUCAGCUCACAGAUCCAGGAAAAAUCAAACGUAUCAGAGGAAUGGCGUACUCCGUACGUGUAUCACCUCAGAUGGCGAACCGGAUUGUGGAUUCUGCGAGGAGCAUCCUCAACAAGUUUAUACCUGAUAUCUACAUUUACACAGACCACGUGAAGGGAAUCAACUCUGGGAAGUCUCCAGGCUUCGGGCUGUCACUGGUUGCUGAGACCACCAAUAGCACCUUCCUCAGUGCUGAACUGGCCUCCAACCCCCAGGGCCAGGGAGCAGCAGUGCUUCCCGAGGACCUGGGCAGGAACUGUGCCAAGCUGCUGCUUGAAGAAAUCUAUAGGGCUUGGCUGGAAGAAAGUCCCCAGUCUGUUUCCAGGACGCUGGUUGUGUUGUCUUUUGCCUUGGAUCCGUGUUGGGAAGGUGAAGCCGUUUCCUUGACACGCAGAAUCCAGGGCAGACUCCCAGGGACGGUCAUUUCUCCGCUGUGUGUGUGAGGCCUGCAGUCUUGAGCUGAGCACUAGCAAGAACUAUACUCUGUGUGAUUUGCUUUUGUGUGGUGUACAAUGUUUGUGAAUUGUUUUUUUUAUUCAGCUGAAGAGUUUUCAUCUCUGUAUUUCUGUGUGUUUAUUCUCAGCUAGUAGACAUCUCUGUGGUUUUUUUCCUGAGGUCUCCAAGGAAUCUUUGCCCCCUUUAGUAGCAAAAAUCAUAUGUGAUCUCAGUGAAAUAAAAUGAGUAAGGCAGGGGUACAGUGGUGGUUUUAUUUUAUUUUUUAAUUUUUUUAAAAAUAUAUUUUUUAUUUAUUUUUAGAGAGGGAAGGGAGGGAGAUAGAGAGAGAGAGAAACAUCAAUGUGCAGUUGCUGGGGGUUAUGGCCUGCAACCCAGGAAUGUACCGUGGCUGGGAAUUGAACCUGGGACACUUUGGUUCCCAGCCCGCGCUCAGUCCACUGAGCUACACCAGCCAGGACCUGAUUUUAUUUUUUAAUUCUUUCUGUCACUGUGGUUUAUUCAUCACUGCGGUGGAGUGAGGCCUGGUUUGGCUCAUGGGUAUUGAUCCCUGCGCUGGCCUCACGAAGGAAAGCAGCUUGUAGCCACAGCGCUGUCCCCAUUAGUCACUGUUCUUAGUAGUACCUCUCCUUGGUUGCAUGGUGGAAGAAGUAAGAGUAAACUGCUUCAGAGUUCAUGAAAAUAUCCAGGUCUUAAAGGUGUUUUUUUAAUGUUCCCCUAAUUAAACUGGAAGACAAAGAACCUACAAUUGUGUCUUCAGUAUUGUGACUCUAUUCCCUCUGCUCACCAUUCAGCCAGCAGAUAGUGGCAGAAAGAAGUAUCCUAUCAAAUGAAAUCCUCCUGAAGGGGAACAAUCUUCUUACAAUUUUUGUGUAGCCAAGGUCUUGGUGUUAGCUUUUUUGAUGCUAAAUCAGCUCAAUGUUUGAUGCUUAAUUUAGUGAUUUUUUUUUAAAGGUGGGUAAUAACCAGAAAUUGAAAGUAAAUAAACGAUCAAGAGGUUGUCAUGUCAUCUAGGAAGUUUGUCAUCUGGAUGUCUUUGAAGACAGGCUGUGCGUGUGAUGCCUGUGUCCCUGAGCCCCUGGUGACCUGUUCAGGUUCCCAUCCGUGGUGGCUGGAGGCCCCCUUUCUGACCCUGGGGACCCUUCCAUGUCGUUCCAGCAGAGCUGGGGGAACCGGAAGCACCACAUCACAGAGCAGCCCCACUGGAGUGUGGGGUUUUAUCCCGUAAAUAGCACAUUAUAGGCCUCAGGGUGGAAACACAAGCUACACGUUCACAAGAGAGAAAGCAUGCAGUCUGGAUUAGGUUAUUUUAUUUUGUUUUUUCUCUUUACUCUAGUUAACUUCUAUAUAAAAACCAUUUUAUUGUGCCUGCACCAAGUUUCCUUUUUUAAAUCAUUAAGAAAACUUCCUUAUUGUUUGUCUGUGGUCUUCAUUUGUUAAAAGGAUGAAAAUGCUUCAUGUUUUUGUGAGUAAUUUAUAGGCCCUUGUUGUGACAUGGUUUCAAUAAGUAAUAAAAACUUAU